GUACUUUUUUAGUGUUGCGGAAUUUCAGACGAUUAAAAUAACACAGCUUGCUAGCUACUCAUCUUGCAUUAUCUAAAUAUGUCUAAAAUACAGUUGUUGAGAGUUUUUCUCUACGAUAGAUUAACAGCUGCCGCUGAGGAGAUAUUCGAGGUCGUUGAAAAAACCAUAGCAGAGAAUCAGGAGGAAGUUGUCCGUCUACAGAGGCUACUCGACAUUGUUCUUCGACCUGAGAUAAAGCAAGACAGAGCAGAAACAAGGACAUUUCUAAGUGACCCCAAACUUUUGAACGACCUCCAGCAGCUCUGUCUCUCUGUCUCUGAAGUGGAGAUUCUCCCUGAGCAGCAGCACUGUGAGCAGGAGUGGAGCCCCAGUCUGAGGCAUGAGGACCCAGAGUCCACACAGAUCAAAGAGGAACGUGGGGCCAGUCAGGAGGAAGAGCAGCCUCAAGGGCUUGAGGCUCACACUAAAGACUCCAUAUUCACUCCUGCUUAUGAGGACCCAACUCAACCCUCACAUCCCUAUCAAGCCCAAAAGGAAGGAAACAGUGAGAGAGAGACUCUACCCAGCACUACAACUGAACAGAUCAAAACAGAACCUGAUGGAGAGGACUACAGAGAAUCAGAACCAACCAGUGUCUUUCAGCCCCUCUCUGCAGUAAAUCCAGACUGUUCUGCAGCUCCGAGUGAAAACAGUGAAAGUGACAGCGGGAUGGAGACUGGCGGGCCUCCGUCGGGUUUCGAGUCAGUCAAAUCACAGAGAAUAAAGAUGGUAAAAUUACAAAGCUCCCUUAUCAACACUAAGGAUAACAAAUCCACACCGUUGUUCCACCUGAAAUCACCUAGGCAAGGUCAUGCUACUCCUGGUUGUUGUAAGGUGUGUGGCAAGUAUUUUCAUUACAUGGGCUUAUUAUUUAAACAUGUUCAAACUCACACAAACGAUAAAGAAUCACUUUGUGGAGUGUGUGGAAAGCAUAUGGCGUCAACAGAAAGUAUGAAAGAUCACCUCCAAACUCACAUUGCAGCUAGGUAUUGUUGUCAUGUUUGUAGUAAAUGGUUCACCUUAAACAGCAAUCUGAUUGUGCACAUGAGAAGCCACACAGGGGAAAAAACGUGUCACUGCCCUGUUUGUGGCAAAGGAUUCAGCACCAGCGGCGAUCUGAAGAAACACAUCCGGAUUCACACAGGGGAGAAGCCGUUUCGCUGCCCUGAUUGUGGCAAAGCAUUCAAUCAGAGUGGAAAUCUGAAAUAUCAUAGGAAGUCCCACACAGGGGAGAAAUGAUAUCGUUGCAGUUGUUGUGACAGAUGUUUCAGGAUUGACACACAUCUUAAAAGUAGACAAGGACUCACGGGGGAGACAAGUAAGAUGCAAUGAUUGAUGAUAUGCUCAAGUGGGACGAUUCAUAUCAUGAAUACUUCUGGAAAUUAUAUUUUCUUCAUCCUGGGAUUGUAUGUUUGAAUCACUUUCCCGCUCUACAUUUACAAGUGCAUUUAUUCAGUACAUUGGCCAUGUUGCACCCAUGGCUGUGCCCCUGCCCAGUCAUGUGAUAUCUGUAGAUUAGGGCCUAAUGAAUUUGAUUUUAAUUGACUGAUUUCCUUAUAUGAACUGUAACUCAGCAAAAUCUUUGAAAUUGUUGCAUGUUGCAUUUAUAUAUAUUUAUUAUUAUUAUUUUAUUUUUUUCCAGUAUAUCUGCAUACAUGUAUAAUACUUAAAUGCUCAUGUGUGACAUGUAGUAUUAAAAUGUUUAUUACAAAUAUGUCCCUUCUAUGUUAACAUUAUGUGUUAACUUAUAUGUUACGGGAUUUCAGUGAUCCUUGUAGUCAUGGUAAUAAAACAGUAGAACAAACUACACUAAACACUCAACUUAAAUGUAAUCCUAUUCAUUUCAUUGUUGUUCUUUCAUCACUUCUCAAUUCAGCCAUUUUACUGUUUUACACCGUUCCCUCUUGUCCCUUUUGUUGCAUCCAGGAAGUGCGUCAUGACAGCAUCUGCAGGGGGAAAGCAACAAAUAUAAAAUAAAGAGCACAUAGAACAGUUAUGGGUUGUGUUUGGGGUCAUGAAAUGAUCCAAUUCAGUUUCAUUUAAAAGUCCUUGAACAUGAAUGCCCUAUUUGCAAUGAUUGAUUUGUCAAUUUAAAGGAUAGUUAACUUUUUUUACGCCUUAGUCAGUCGGAUGGUUCCUUACCCUGAAAGUAGUCCAUGGGCCAGGAGAAACUGUAUUCCAUUACUUAGAGUUGUUUAAAUAACCACUGGCAACUUGAGGGGAUUUG